GGUCGAUCAAAUACUGAUCGUGGAAAUAAUCCAAAAGGAUAUGCUCCAUCACAUUAUGAAAAAGUUCAAAUGCUUUUGUCUGAUCGUUUCCUAGGAUUUUUUAUGGUACCAGGACAAGGCUCAUGGAAUUAUAACUUUAUGGGUGUUCGUCAUGAUUCAAAUAUGAAAUAUGAUUUAAUGUUAUCAAAUCCUAAAGAAUUUUAUCAUGAAAUUCAUCGUCCAUCACAUUUUCUUAAUUUUUCAAAUGAAGAACAUCCUGAUACAUUUACAGUUGAUCGUGAAGAUCGAUUAAGUUAA